GUCACGCGCGGAUUCGCUAACAUUCGAACAUAAAUAAAUUAAGAUUAUAACACAACAACCGUGUCUUCGGUCUUCUGAUGAUGCUCUCAGUCGAGAUGAGUGGAAAUAGCUUAAGAGGCACCGGAAAAACACGAUUCUCGGGCCUUAAAGAUGUCCUAAGAGGAAAGCUUACGUUAACGGUGCAUCCUGAAGGAAACGAAAAUAAAGAGAAACGGGAAGUUAAAACCUGCAGAUGGGUGAUACACCCCCGGAGUCGCAUCAGGCAUUACUAUCUUAUGUUUAUGGUGAUCUUAGCUUUCGUGAACCUUAUAACAAUUCCUCUAGACAUGGCAUUUUCUGAGGAUAUGAAAGGUAGAGGUUACGAAUGCUGGGUGACCUUCAAUAUAUUCUCAGACGCCAUGUUUUGCAUUGAUGUUGCCAUUAAUUUUAAAAUGGGUAUAUUCAGUGACGACGGUCAGGCCAUACUGGAUCCAAAAUUAAUCAGAAAUGCUUAUUUCAAAAGUUGGUUUGCCCCUGAUGUGGUGGCUGCCUUUCCGGUUGACAUUUUAAUUACUAUUGUGGAGUACUUUUAUCAAGCUGACACUGAUGUACUGAUGGCUUCGAAGCUGGUGCGAAUGCUCAUGUUUGUGAGGAUUUUCAGUAUGAUCCGUUUACUCCGUGUCCCGAAGCUUCUGAGAUUCUGCUUUGAAUUGGAAAGCGUCUCUGACAUUCAGCUUGAAGAAGCCAAGAAGUUUUUCAGGUUUUUUUUCAUGUUCAUGUUGAUGAUCCUCGUGUGGCACUGGAACACUUGUGUUCAGUACUUCAUAUCUCUACUGGAGGAGUUUCCUCAAGACUGCUGGGUCAUGCAAGAGAAUAUCAAGAAUACCUCGAUCGGGGAAAAAUACUCCUACUCUUCCUUCAGAGCCUUCUCUCAAAUGGCCUGGAUUUCAACUAAAUCUAUUGAAUCACCAACACGAAUGGCAGAACGGUGGACGGCUGUUGUUAGCAUGGUGAUUGGAUAUAUAAUGUGUUUUUCUCUCAUCGCCUGCUUGAUCACAACAGUCGGGGGCACGUCUACGACUGGCAAUGAAUACAAGAAAAAGAUCAGCCAGCUGCAAUCCUCCAAAAUGUUCAAGAAGCUUCCCAGGGCUUUGCGCCAGCGCACCACUGCCCAGUACAAGUGGCAAUACAACAAGAGGAACCUCCUCGAUCUGGUGUCAAAACGGCUGAGAAAGGAUAUUAUGGCAGAUAUGUGUCCCAACCUGCUGAACAAAGGCUCCAUGUUCGUAACGCAUGACAGAGAAUUCACCGAAGCCAUCCUCGUGAAGUUAGAGUACGAGUUAUUCCAAGCUGAAGACAUCGUCAUUCAUCGGGACGCUAAAGCUGACCACAUGUUCUUCAUCGAGCAUGGACGUGUGCUCGUGAAGAACCAGUUUUUCCGAAUGGAGCUGUGCGAUGGAGACCACUUUGGAGAGAUCAGCUUCCUGUUUGGUGGAAGGCAGCUGGCUACAGUUUCUGCUCUGACCGCCUGCAGUCUUUUCUCCCUGUCAUUAAAACAUUUUGAGGAGAUUGAGGAAGAGUUUCCACAUGUUGUGAAGGAACUGAGGAGAGUGGCUCAACGGCUCAAAGACGAUCUCGAGGGUGUUGGGGUUGAACAUCAAGUUACAUCACCAUCGAACAGUGUGUGCGACGACACAUCAGGAGAUUUUGUUUUAGUCAGUUAGUCAGCUAUUGAAAAAUAUUAUUUUCCUGUUUUACAAUAAUAAAACAAAAAUACAAUUUAAGAUAGGUUUAUUUAUUUUUAUGUAUGGGUUAGAUGCUUAAGGUGAUUUUAAUUCUGUCAUUUUUAUUUGAAUAAUUAUUAAUGCACUUGGUGAUACAUAAUACAUUAAAAUAAGGUUACUGUACAUGCAUGCAUUCAUUAUUUACUUGUAAAUUCUGUAUUAUUACAAUAAAGUAUCUGAGCACUGUUGUGUUCAGUCUC